AUGCUAUCUACACUUUCUCUCCCACUGUUCCUCUUCACCCUCCACGCAACCGCCCAAUCCACAACCCCAACAUCAACCACUACUGCCCCCCUCCCCACUCUCUCCCCAGGCUGGUUCUUCAUCCGCGCCGUGGAAGAGCCCAACUACCACAGCUACCUACAAUCCGCCCCAACCGCAACCCCAGGCCUCGCAGUCCUAGACGCAAACACCGGCGCCGGCCAAUUCAACAUCAUCUCCGGGCAGCUGGUGUACCACUUAUCCGGAAAUGGAUCGCUGUACAUGAACGUCGAGAACCCAUCCGACAAAACGCAGCGGAAACUCACGACGUCGUUUAACGCCACGGAGAAUGCCUAUGGCGAGUUCGCGUUUCAGGGGGAUACGGUAACUUGGAGUGUGGAGGACAUUGAUCGUCCCAAUACGGGGGCUUGGCUUGUUUGUGAGGACCAGCAGCUGUUUAUAAAUACGGGGUCUUAUGGGUAUGAGACGCCCGAGGGGUGUGCGGAUGAAACGAUUCAUUCGUAUGGAGGGUCUACCCCGGAUGUUUAA